AUGUCUGAUUCAGUUAACCUCAAUCGAUUCAAUCAGCUUAUUGAAAAGUUGUCUAGUGAGUUUAAAAAAAGUGCAAGGUAUUACGAUAUCAAUUGUAUGCGUAGUAGACCUUCAUAUGUGGAUUGGUAUCAUAAUCUAGCUGAAAAACAUUAUGGUGCAGCUAGUGCUUGUAACGAGUAUUUAAUAAACAAAAUUUUGUUCAAUCUAUUGGAAAAGUUGACGAGCUUAGGAUUUGACGAGCAAAUAGCAGAUUUGAAGGAUGAUAUUGCAGAUAGAGAGUCAAGAAAAGCAGUAAGGGAUAAAUUCCAAGCGCUCAAGUUAGCUUCUUCGACCGCACAAUUAGAAUUGGAGAAAGCGUAUAGGCCCAUUACACAACCACUUAAAGAAUUUAUUACAGAUAUUGGGAAAGCCGAACCACUAACAUUUAAAGAGGAAGAAGAGUUUAAUCCAAAAGAGGAGUUUUCAACCCCAAAAUCUUCCUAUAAAACUUCAACUCCAACUAGAGAAAAAACUCGAAAAAGUGGAAAGACUCCUAUUCUACCUUUUGAACAACCGUCAUUUUUUGAUAUGUCUAUAAAUCGAUUACCUUCAGCGAGGGAGGUGGCUUCAAUAAGAGAGAUGCCCCUCACUAAGAGAGAUGCCUCCAAUAAGAGAAGAAGCACCCCAGGGCUGUAUGAAUUAUUAUUCAAAAAAGAACCUGUGGGCUAUAAAAAAGCCGAUUUGGAUAAUUACAUGGAUAUAUUAACUCGAACUAAUGCGUACCGCAGAAAUAAUAAUCCCAAUGAACAAGUACAAGGAAACAGUUCAGUAAAAUACGUUAUCGGACCAUAUUUAUAUAAAAAAGGAAUCACAAAAUCUAAAACAAUCAUUCCCAGACCGGUAUUUGAAAAACCUGUAGCACCUUAUAGAGCGGCUAAAAAAACGGGGGUCGCUCGAAUUGGAAAAGGUCUUAUUUUGAAACGUAAUAAAAAAAGUACAGAUUAUGCAUAUUGGGAUAAUGUUAAUGAGCUAGUAAAUCGACUUCGAAUUCUAUUAGCUUCCAAGACUGCAGGUCAUAAUGGACAUCGAAAUGAAAUAAUAUCUUUUAUAGAAGAGUUGAAAGAAGCUAAAGUUAUACUAUAA